CUCAAUGUAGAAUAUAAGAAGUAUAACUGUAGCUCUGAUGCUUGUCCUUAUCUUGAAAAUUGUAGAUAUUUUUUAGCUUUCUGCAAGGAAAUAGAAAAUAAUUCUGCCUACUAUGUGACUAAUUUUCCAUGCUUUUUAGUUGUAAUAUCUGGGCCUUACUUUUCUGUUUCUGAUGCUGUGUUUGCAAAUGUUGCUAUAGUUGACCCACUUACUGUAGUCUUUCUCCUUAUUUGGCAAAAAUAUGAUGAAACAAUGAUGAUAUCAAUUGCCAAAACAUUUCAUGCUUUAAAAAUCUCUCUCAAACUUCUUAAUCAAUAUUAUGCUAAUGUUGAUGAAUUAAUUCAAGAUGUACCUCAAACUGCCUAUUCUGUGCAUCCUUCAUUUCCAGAAGUAAUUAUAGAUGAUAAAUCUUACAUGGUUCAAAUUAAUUCCCAAAUCAGCACAUAUCUUCUUUGGGAACUCUUAGCUGAAGUUGGAUAUGCCCCAAAGGUCAUUGCUACUUUAGUUAUUCCUGGAAAUUGGCUUUUGAUUUAUAUAGAAUGUCUUAACAAUCACUCAAUAUUACAUAAUAUCUCUAACCUUAAAGAUUCAGAACAAAAUUCUCUAAAAAAGAAAAUAAAAGAAGUUAUCGAAUAUUUGUAUAAUUUAGAACACAUCCAUGGAGACUUGUGUGAAGGAAAUAUACUAGUUAGGCAACUUGAAGAUAAUGAAUUUGAUGUGAAGUUAAUCGAUUUUGAAUGGUCAGGGAAGGUUGGUUCUGCGCAUUAUUCUCCUUUAAUGAAUCGUGAAGAUAUUUAA